AUGCACCGUUCAUUUGUGAAGCUUCUUGCUCAGGUCAGCAGCAUUCAGCUUGACGCUGCAGCAGCAGACGUGCUCUCAUCACGAUUUCAGAAGGAAGCCUUUCAAUGGUUGCUCUUCUUGCAGAGUGUGGCGAAGAUUCGACUGUCUGAGAUAAGAGAAGGAGAUUCCAAGAUACAGUGCUUGUGCGAGGUCAAUCUGAUGCCACAAUCUGUCCCUACAGCUCUGAAAGAUGGAACUUCGAAAGAGAAAGGAAAAGGUGGAAAGGGCGGACAGGGUGGAAAAGGUGGCGAAGGUGCAGAGCCUAUGGAGUUCAUGGCGCUGGAACUUCAAGCUCCCAGACCAAGGGUCGCAGACGUGAGCAUUAGCACGGAGAGUUUUGGCUCCCCUCCAUACCAGCGUUGCCUGUCCUACAGGCCACAUUCAACCCUAGCCACCAAGUGCAACAGCUUGUUGGCGGCGAAGACUGCGGAGUAUCUGAACAAGUUUGCGCUGCACUUCCCCUUGCUGUCGCUAGGUUACACAAGCAUCCUGUGGUUGUUCCUGCAGGAGCUUCCUGCAUCUACGAAACACCCAGUGAAACUACGGAAAGAAGAG